CAGAUUACAUAUCUGAAAACCAUUAUAGACCUACUGUAUAUUAGACAUAAGACUGUCUAUAUUACUUUAUAGGCAGUAGCCAAAAUCCAUACACAGUACCACAAUGACAGGGAUAUCAAGAUCUGGAUAGCACUGAAGAAUCGGUCAUUAAGAAUAAUUAUCCUUCACUUGCAUGUUUGAGCACAUUUGUGUUCACACACAUAUACAGUAUUCACGUUGCAUUGUGCAUAUUGCUAGUCUGUAUGAAGAUGCUGAAUUCUGGGCAGUACUUCCAUUGCCAAAAAGUGAGUGAAAAAUACACUGGAUAUAGACUGGAUACAUAGGGGCACUGCUCUUAGUCAGUAGUGUGCAAAAUAAGAGGCAUCUGUUAUCCAAUGUAUAAAGAGACAGCAUAGCUCAAGUAGUGCGCUAUUCCGUAAUGUGAUUGUUAAUGAUAAUAAACGUUAUUUUAUAUAGUGCCUUUAAAGGUGGGUUUUCAAAGCACUUUACAGAAUGACGAGAACAAAAAAAAAUACACAAUAUAUACACAAUGAGAAUACACAAGGAGAGUACACAGUAGAUGGUGAUACUGAAUACACUAGGAGCAAAGGUUAUGGCUGGGUAGUUGUAGAGGUCAGCUACAACCCCCCUCAAGCCUGUGGGCUCUCAUUAAGGGAACCCUGCCUCGUUAGAGUCUGUGUGGAAGUCUUCGGCAACAGCCCCACUCUCGGUGGCCACGUGUAUCACUCUCCUCCGACGCCCCCUCUCUCCCUCUCUCUCCAGAAGAAGCUGGGCGCCUUUGGCAAGAUGCAGGACGCUCCGGACGUGCGCGUGCCACGGGCCAAGCAGCCGGCGCAGGGGGAGGAAGAGGAGGAGGAGGAAGAGCGGGGGGAGGAGGAGGAGGAGGAGGAGGGGGAAGGGGAGGGCGCGCAGGCGAAGGAGCCACAGCCUGCCGAGACGGAGUACCUCAGCUCCAGAUGCGUCCUCCUCACUUACUUCCGGGGGGACAUCGGGGACGUGGUGGAUCAGCACUUCUCCCGCGCGCUCAGCCAGCCCGGCGGGUUCAGCCCUGACCGGACCCCCGCCUCCAGGGCCGCCCGCACCCCCGCCAGCUCCAUCUGGAAAGAGGGAGGGUCGCUGUCUGGUGGGCAGUGCAUGGGUUUCCCAGCCUCUUUCUGGAACAGCUCCUACCACUCCCAGAGCGCUCCUGGCCUCCCAGGCAUCCAGGCCGAGUUUUCCCCGGCCACUGCGUUCCACUCUCCCGAGAGCAGUGCCUGGGGGGGUCACGGACUGCCCCAUUCACCUGCCGUGCCCGACUCCUGGCACUACCCGCUGGGGGCCCCCAGCAGCCCCGGCUACCCCCACGUCCACGAGGUCUACUCCCACAUGCACCACCGGCGUGCCCACCCGGCCCACCCCCAUGCCCAUCCCAUGCUGCACCCCGCCCACGGCUCCGCCCUGGAUCCCCGCUACGGCCCCCUGCUGCUGCCCAACGUGCACCCCGCCUGCAACCCCGCCCCCCACUGUGAUGUCACAAAGAGCGAGCCGGACCCCGCCCCCACGCACACCCAGACCUGGCCGGCUGUCUUUCAUACGGCGGUGGACGUGGGCUUUGACACAGCUCCAGACCAGGAGAAAGGGAAAGCGUCAGUCUGGUUCUGAGGAGAGGGCUCGGCCUCACGCAGGAACGCCUUUGGAGCCGUCUCCUGGCCUGGAAGAGGUGUGUAGUCAAGCCGUAGGGAGAAUCACAUCCUGGAACAGCUGCAGACUUUCUCGAAUCUCGUGCAGGAGGGAAGGGAAAGACUUCCCCCUUGAGGCAAGCACAAGAAUGUAUGGGGGGAUGUCUAAAGCAAACCAGAAUGUCUGAUAUUAAUUUUGCCAUCUGGGUACUUGGGGGCUUGCAUUGUUUAAACAAUGAAAAAUUGGGAGAGAUGGAAGAGGCCUUGGGUCUCAGGCUUUGAUUCGGAGCUUUGAGCCUGGAGAGGAAAGAGCUUGUUUCACAGGAAUGCUGUUUGGAGAGAACCCCACCCUUGCCCAAUUUCAAACAGGUAUAUUUUGCUAUUUAAUUACACAUAUAUUUUUGUAAAGAAUUAGAAAAUCCUGUCGAGAGACGAGGUGUUGUUUCUUCUUGGUGGAGGUCAUCGUUAUUUUGGAGACAGAUGAAUUUUCGGUCCUAACUCUGUAAAGUUCUGUUUCAAGAGCUCGUGUCUGUUUAGCACUGGGAGGGACGUGGCGCAAUUGUAUUUUGCAGAAAUCCACUUUUUUUUUUACUGUGUUUUUUUAAAUAAGCGCAGUGCAGUGUUUCCAAGUGUUUAGUGUUAAAUAUGUUUUCUGUAAUUUACAAGGCAGGGUUUACAAGCUGACUUUGACAAACGCUUUCAGAUUAAUUUCGUGUAACAUCAAUUUGUUGAAUGGUUUGCUACAGUAGGUUGUUUUUUUUAGCAGACUUGUUUUUCAGACCUGUUUUGUGUUUCUUCUUUUUUUUCUCAAGUAUUGAAUUACAGAGCUGUUAAUCGGAACCAAAUCUAUUUUUCGUGCCUUAGUUAUGAGCUGGCUUGAAGUAAGGCUGUUGAAGCCUUGCUGUAGUGAUUUCCAGUAGGUUGUCUAUUGCUUUAAACUGUCCUUACACAGAAUCUGUGAAAAAAUUGUAUGAAAAACAGUAAUUAUAUAUUUUUACUUUGCUGCACAUGACUUGAUUUAGCAAUCUUUGGUGUCGGUGGGGUGUACAGAAUGUGUCUGAAUGAAGGUGUACAUGCACAGAGAUGUGCAUUUAUAAAGCACAAACCAAAAAUACUGCAGUCCAUCACAAGUCAAAAAGAAACCAAUUAAAGCAUGAGAAAGCUUAGUGUGAGAAACGGAGAUGGGCAGCCUACGGCUACAAUUAAACAAAAGAUGGUAAGCAAAUGUGGUUUUUAAUUUAAUUUUUCAGUUUGGUGAUGGGUUUUGUCUAUCUGAGUCUCCUUCUUUAAAUGCAACGUUUUUGUGAAUGAGUGUUACAGCUCGGUCAAAGGGCACUUUUAUCAGGUUAAGUGUUUUAAAAUGAAAUACAUAUUGGUUUGCAACAAUCGUUUACUGUGCCUUUAUAAAUCCCAUCAAUAUUGGCUGCACGUGAUGGGAAACGAUUCAUUGUUGCGGCUAUAAUCUCUGUUUGCAAAAUGGUUUUAAAAUGAUUUUAUGCAAAACGUCCAUACCCAAAAACAUUGGCUGUCUAAUUUGUGAGCACUUUAAUGCACAGCUCCCAGAUUGUCAGUGUCACCUCAGCUCAGGGCAGCAAACACGUAUCCGCAAGCUAAUACCAGAUUUAAGACUGGGUCCAAAUUCAGGACAAAGAUAAACUGCAGGAAUUAAUGUACGAAAGGUCACAAAUAAGAGUGCCACUAGGUCCCUCUAAGACAUCUGAUUAUGUCACCUGAGCUUUUCACCCAGCACUUUCUGGAAAGACACCAGGAAAUGUGGCUGGGUAGCUUGUUCCAUACUCCCACGACCCUUUGUGUAAAGUAGUGACUCCUGUCCUGACUGGAGGAUCUUAUCCAACUGUUUCUUGAAAGAAGCCAGGAUAUCUGCUUCAACAAAAUUGCUGGGAAAGUUACUUCUGAGGUGUCCUAUCCAAAACCUGUAUAAAAUUGCUAUCCUUGCAUAUCUACAGUUUGUGUAAAAUGUAAUAGUGCUGUGGAAUACUGUGGCUUUUCUCUCAUUUUUUACCUGCCUCAUGGCAGGACUCAACAUUUUUCUGUAAGAGGCAGCCACACAGAAUGAGGUUCUACAGGAUAUAAGAACCUCUCCAGAUUCUGUGACAUCGAGCCUCAGCAGAGAGACCAGACAACUCAGGGAGCAGUACAAUCUUGUCCCCACAUCAGAGAUACUUAAUUUAACGCUCCACCAGUAUUCCAGCAGACUUUUUUCUAAACGUUUGGGUCUCACUUUUCAAAGAGGUGCCAAGUUACCACAUUCAUUCCCAAUGUGUGCUUCUGUUCCUACUAGUUUUUCCAGCAGUAUUUUCCUGCCUACAAGUGGGAAAGGUAAAAUCUGGAAAAUCCAAAAAUGUUGUGUCUUAUAUUAAUUUGGGCAUUUGGCACAACUUGUGGAUUGGCCAGUGUAACAUAUUAACUCAGCAUCUCAACACUUACUGCACGUGAUUUUGCAAAGGAAGAGCUCUCUUUUUUUAUCUGAUUUGCUCUGGCUAAAUGGCAAAAGGCAUGGUUUUGCUUAGCUGCAACCUGGGUGAUUUAUUUCCAAUGGAUUCCUUAAAGAGAAUGUCCAACACAGAAAGACCCUGAGGGAUUAUUUUAUUCUAUUAAAGUUUGAUAAGGUGCUGUUUUCUGUUCAGUUACACUUGAGGCAGAUGAUAAAGCUCCCAUUGUUGCAGAACAAUGGAGAGUGUGUCAAUCUAAUUUGAUCUGUUUGUGCCUAUUGUAAUAAUACUUUUAUUUCUUUUAAUGUGUUUGAAGGGAACAUAGUCAAAUGUUAAGAACUACUGUAUCUUAAUGUAAUUUCUUGCUUUGUACUUUGCGGUUGCACUGGAGGUGUGAGAAUGAAUAGGAGGACAAGGGUCACUGGUUCACCUGUAAUUUGGUUGAAUACCCCCCCCCCAAUUGGUCAGAUUGAUUCCUCCUGUCUGUCCUUGGUCUUGCAGCAAACCAAAGUGAAGAUACUGGAGCUCAGCAAAAAAAAAAAAGGAGACAAAUUUUAAAAAACUUUUUACCAUCCUCUGUUGUAACACCAUGUUGUUCAAGUUGAUUUCAGUAUUACGUUUACUAUUUUGUGUGGUGCGUCAUGUUGUAAAGGGUUUAUUUGACAGCAUUAAGGAAAACACCUUCUCUGUCCAGCCUUGUGUUUAACGUGUCUCAUGCUUUAUUGUGUGUUCCUUGUUCUGCAAAUGUUUACGCAGUUUAUGUAAUUAUGUCGUCCUUAAUGUAUUAUUGUAUGGCCUUGUUCCUUUUGUAUAGUGAGAUGUAAAUGUCUUUUUGUCAAUAAAAUAAUUUAAG